CUCUCUCAGUUUAUCUCUCUCUCUGUUGCAAUGUCGAAGAGCGGAAGAUAUUGCUUAGGAUCAAUGGAAGACAUCCGAGCAGUAUUCCAGCGCUUCGACAAAAACGGAGACGGGAAAAUCUCCAUCGACGAGCUCAAAGACGUGAUCGGAGCUCUCAGUCCCACGGCGUCGCCGGAAGAAACGACGUUGAUGAUGAAAGAGUUCGAUCUCGACGGUAACGGAUACAUCGACAUGGACGAGUUCGUUGCUCUGUUCCAAACCGAAGACGGUGGCGAUAUUCGAGAUCUGAAGGAAGCGUUUGAUCUGUACGAUUUGGAUGGAAACGGACGGAUCUCUGUGAACGAGCUUCACUCGGUGAUGAAGAAUCUCGGCGAGAAGUGUUCGGUUGAGGAUUGCAAGAGGAUCAUUAGCAAAGUUGAUGCUGACGGUGACGGUUGUGUUAACUUUGAAGAGUUUAAGAAGAUGAUGAUGAACGGCAGAGCUACUGCUUGACUUAACGGCGAGGAAUCGUUUCCUUUUUUUUUUUUUGUAUAUAUUCAAUUUUUAGUUUUAGGUUUUAUCGAUUAAACUGGAUUAAUCUUUGUUUUUCCUUUGGUUUUUUAAUCUUAUGGAUUAAUUAGGGAUUUUUAUUUCUUAAUUGUAAGGUUUAAUCGAUUUUUUUAUUUUAAUAAUUAUUUAUUAGUAUGGUUAAAUUAUAAAGAUGGUUUGAUCA